UUGAAUGAUGGCAUCCCAAACUAUUAAAGAAAAAUUUGUGGAACUACAAAAAUCAAAGCAAACACCCCAAAAUUCACGACCAAAGAUACAAAGGGUGCCACAGUAUCUCAGAAAUAGAAACAAUUUUGAGAAACAUUACACCCCCAAGUUUGUUUCAAUAGGUCCUAUCCAUCAUGACAAUACAAAUAUGAAACCAGGAGAGGAGUAUAAGCUUAUGUGGGCAGCAAAAUACAUAGAAAACAACGGCUUUAUUCUAGAGGAUCGACACAAAAAGAUUGCCGAUAAAAUUAACGAACUAAAGGGUCAUUUUAGCGACGAUGUUUUAACUUUAACUGGCAAGUCUCUUGAAGGCUUUGAUAGCCUUGAAGAAAAGUUGUCGUGGAUGUUGUUCGUGGAUGGAUGUUCGUUGCUGCAUAUCUUGGAGAAAGCCAACGUUGAUGAAGCAGGGCACAUGAAUAUUAAGGUUGAUCAACUGAUGAUGGAUGUGCUUUUGUUGGAAAAUCAACUUCCUUAUCAAGUACUCAAGCUUUUGUGGAAAGACGACAACGAGAGUGAGCAUGAGGAAAUUCCUCAGCCGUUGUUAUUGGGACAAACCAGAUGGGUCACAGUCAGAGAAGGAGAAGGAAGGAGAAGGAGAACAUAGUGUAUCAAUACCAGACGAGUUGCAAUCAGAGAUGGAGGAGGAAGGAGAAGGAGAACAUAGUGUAUCGAUACCUUAACCAAAUGAGUCACAGUCAAAGACACCCACUCAUCUUCUUGAUCUUCUGCAUAAAAUCAUCCUAACUACAUCUAAUUCCAAGGUACAAUAUAGAAAUAACAGUAACAAGUACUAGAAGAAUUGAAAUAACAAUCAAAAUUACAGACAAAACUAUUUGGUUACUAAAUUUUUGUCUUUGAAACUUAGACAAAAUUAGAGAGUUUGCCUUUUUCCGUUUCUAAUUUUUGUCACCAUUUCAACUCUUUGUAUUAGUUUUGAGUCUAUCUAGCAUUUUGAAUUUAUUUUGUCAUCAUAUAAGUACGAUGGAUCAUU